AUGUCACAACAAGCAAAAGACAUAUACUCGGGUAUUAAAAAAAUCUUCCCGAGCUCAAGUCGCAGCGGGAGUUUAUCCCGUGCAAGUCGCAUGAGUGCAACUAGUUUGGACACUGCUAUAAGAACUGAAGGUCACGCCAUUGCUCGAGACAAAGCUACCAAGACAAAAGAAAGUCGUUCUAGUUUUUCCUUUUCGGGUUGGAAAGACAAACAUCGAGCACCUUUGGAGCCUACACCUCCCAUUGUAAUGUCUCUUCCCUAUGGGGCUACAGCAGCGACACCCAAGGCCAAUAAAUCAUCUGAAGAGAGUGACAAAGGACCCCGUUCUUCACUGACCCAAACACUGAAUAAUGCUCUUCAUUCGACACCUCUUCGUAGCAGUUUAUUUGGUAAAAGUAGCAACAAAGUAACGAGUACCAAGUCAUCUCGUUGUCCAUCCGUCCAAUCCACUGGUAAUACGUCGUCAUUCUCGUCCACAUCAUUUGAAUUACCAUCCCAACCACCGAAACUUGGGACUAGAUGUGUUAGUGAAGAACGACCUUUUUGUAUGGGCAAUCGGACGCUUCGAAACAGUGGAGUUCAUGGUACUAUGACCACUAGUUCCUUAUCUUCUGGAGGGGGUGGUAUCUAUCGUCAGGGACAUAAGAAUCAAGUCUGUGCAGUUAGUCGCAAUCUCACAAGUUUCAGUUCAAUGAAGACAGUUUCAAGCUCGUAUCAAUCAAGUUCAAGCUCUUUAUCGAACCUUACAGCACCAAGUAACACAGUACAUUCCGGUUCAGCUAUCCUGUCACCCAAGAAGAUAAGGGGAAAGAAAGAACGAGGCAUGUCAUUGUCGUUUUCUUCUUCUAGAAAAGCGAAGAAAGAGAUGGAAGAGAUGGAGAGACUGGACGCCAAAUUCUCUACAGAAAUGAGACCUCAUGCUUCUACGUGGGACUCGGACAGUGAUGAUGACUAUGAAGACACAAAACGACCAACACAGGGACUUGGACGACGGUCUAAUAGUAUGGACUUUAUGGAACAAGCACCAACGCACCUUAUUGCGAAAAUCUGGCGUAAAUUACCAAUCCAAGCACGUCUUAUUGGUGGACGUGGUAAUGUUGAUUUGGAUUUACAGAAGGAUCGGACGAGCUUUUCACGGAGUUCCGAGGCAAGGAAGUUUGCAUUAGCAGCUCAAAAGGCCAAAGCUGCAGAAUUGCAUCGUCGUUCGCUUUCGAGUUCAAAGGAAUUCUCUCCAGUUCCUGUUGAUGAGGUGUUGGCACCUGGAGUUGCGAAACGUACACGGUUUGGUUCAAAACCUACAAUUAUUGCAUCGAAUGCAAAUGACGGUGCUCCGGGUGCGUACACGGCACUGGAGAGCUACGAUGAUGUGCUAGUGCGUGUUUGUAAGUUUGCAGCUCAUGAUCAACGGCCAACUACGACGAAGGUACAGGAGUUUCUUGAACGCUCUAUGGCUUUUCUUCACUGCACGCGCACUAAACACGGUAAUGUUGUCAACAUCUCGAACGGAGAGAUCCGUAUGUGGCGCCGAUUGGCUUUGCAUGACUGGACAUUGGAGGAGGUGACAACGACGGAGGCUGCUGCUGCACUGGGAGUAAAGGGAAAAGAUGUUGAAGCGCCGCGCAAUAAUUCUGUCGCGACGGAGAGCACUGAUAGUGAUAGUGACAGUCAGCAUUCGAGAGGACGUCGGAGACUGCACAGUGCGAUACUUCACCGAUCUCUGAGUGCGAGUGUGGUUGAGGAAGAGCCUGAAAUGGAGGGGGACGAGGACGAGGAAUUGGAAGUGCCAUCUAAUAUGAAAUUUGCCAAGCUAUGCGACGUGAUCAAUUGCUGUGUCAACUUUGGUGAGGUGCAGUUUACACCUGAUGAGGUAAAUGACUUGGUACGACUCGAGUUUAUUGUGGAAGAGGACGGUUGGAUUUAA